AUGGAAGAACCUCUCAUAUGUGACAAUGGAACUGGAUCCUUAAAAACCGGCCGAUGCACCAGCAACUUCCCUGAAUGAAGUGUUCCUUCAAUGAUAGGCAUCCCAAAUCCUCAUUAUGAAGAACUUGCUGACAAAUCAUUAAACCUCAGUGGCGAGUAUAUUGGUUUUGAUGUGGAGCCAUACCGAUCAGCACUUGAAAUCACUCGUCCAAUGGAAGAAGGAGUUGUCAAAGACUGGGACGCAAUGGAGAAAAUCUGGGCUUAUACUUUUCAGAAGUUUGAACGCAUGGAUAGGUCACGUACUCCUUUAUUAUUAACAGAAGCUCCAAUGAACCCACUUAUAACUCAAUAAAUUAAAUUUUGAUAAAAAAUAAAAUAAUAAAAAAUAAUGAUUUUUCAGGUAAAUAAAGUAUAAAAAUAGAGAGAAGAUGGCAGAAAUUAUGUUUGAAAAGUUCGGGUUUCUUGCUUUAGAUGUCCAAGUUCAAGCUACAUUAUCAUUAUAUGCAAUGGGAUAUAUGACUGGACUUGUGGUAGAUUCAGGGGAUGGUGUGACUCAUUGUAUCCCAGUUUCUGAAGGAGUCGUAAAUAAGCAUGCAAUUGCAAGAAUGAAUUUAGCAGGGCGUCAUCUUACAGACCAACUAAUUAAAUUGCUACUUAUCAGAGGAUACAGUUUUCAUACAUCAGCAGAUUUUGAGACUGUAAGAGAAAUAAAAGAAAAAUUAUCAUAAAUUAGAUAAUAAAAACUGCCAUAAAAAGUCUAUUUUUAUAUAAAAUAAUCUAUAAAAAAGCUCACAAUUUUGUUAAAAAGAAUAUGCUAUGUCAGCUGCAACCUCGCUGAAGAAAGAAAACUUGCCAAAGAAACCACAGUUUUAGAAGAGGAUUAUAAACUCCCUGACGGCACUUGGAUUAAAGUUGGCCAAGAACGUUUUGAAUGUGGAGAACUCUUAUUCAGUCCUUAUCUUGCUGGAAAAGAUAGUGAAGGGCUCUCAGAUAUGAUUUUUAAGUCCAUUAUGAAUUCUCCUAUGGAUUUAAGAGCUGGGCUUUUUAACUCAAUUUUACUAUCAGGAGGGACCACUAUGCUGCCUGGAAUUUCUACUAGAAUUAAAAAAGAUGUAACAUUACAUUAGAAUUAUUACGCUUUACGUCCACCACGGAGGUCAGCAAGAACCGGACCUAUCACCUUCUCUUCCACCUGUCGGCCCACAGGCCGCCGGUCCAACCUGCUGCUUCGUACACCAGAGCAGGCUUGGAGGGGUGUUACCGACUUCGACGACUCAUGAAUGAGUUACUGGCCGUACCUUACGUAGUUGCCAUUCCGAAAACCCAAAAAAUGGAUUUUCUGGUAGGCUCUCGGCAAAAAGGGAAAACAAGUAGCCCGGGACGUAACGCCCGGCUUCACGCUAGGGAGUUACCCGAUGGGUCGUGUGGACUCAGCUGGGCUUCCCCUUUCCAACUACCUGUCACCUUUACCUACGAGGUAAAAUCCACCCCGAAGACGAGCUUGGGCUAGGCUCUGUAAACAGCCAGAAUUGCUUACAUCGCAUUGCUGCUCACUUCAGAAUGGCAAAACCUUGUCGGAUAUAAUUAAAAUAUGAGUCGAGUAUGCAUGAGAAGAAGCAAUUAAGAAUUAAGAAUUGCAAAAAAGAGUAUGCAUGGCCGGGAGGCCAUGCCCAGACGAAGACGCCAUAUUUUUAAUUAUAAAAAAAAGAUGUAACAGCGAUGCAUAAAACAAUGAGAGGUGGGACGAAAUCGAAAGGAAUCAAAAUUAAUGUGGAAGACCCACCUUAUAGAAAAUAUUUAGUGUAUUUAGGAGCAACAGCUUUGGCUCGAAUCAUGAAGUUGAGCCCUGAGACUUGGGUUUAUAAAUUUAACUGGGAUGAAGAAGGGCCAAGAGUUAUCCAUAAGAACAGGUAA